AUGCCGUGUGGCUCCUCUAAAGCCAUUAUCCCUUCCACGUUUGGAAUUAAUGGGUGCGUUACUUGCUGCGAGAUUGGCAAAAGAAGUAUCAAGAGUCCUCAGUUCAUCGAUAAUUGUAAGCAACCAUUUAACAAACAAAUUGGACCAUUGAAGAUAUCCGAAGUCCAACGAGCGGAAACUACGCUUGUGAAGUUGGUGCAACAGGUAGAAUUUGAAUCAGAAUUAAAGGACUUGUCCACUAAGGGUAUGAAAAUCGAUGAGGAUGCAAGCAUUCCGAAUGAAGACAAAUUUCAGUAUUUACUGCAAGCUGUUGUGCCAAAAACGAAGGCAGCCCGUGUUGUGGAAAGUUUCCCGGCUACAGCUGAAAACUAUCCAAAAGCCAUCGCUCAGCUAAAAGAAAGAUUCGGACGGGAAGACUUACUAGUUCAAAUAUACGUGAGAGACUUGCUGUCCAUGGUGAUGAAGAAUGCGGCCUCCGGACGUUCCAAGACUGACCUUCCAGCAUUAUAUUACGAACUGGAAGGGAAAAUACGCGCCCUAGAAAGCCUAGGACGUACUCAGGAAAAAUAUAGCGAAUUCCUGUGUUCACUUGUGGAGUCCUGUUUGCCUGAAGAAAUCUUAUUGGCCUGGGAAAGGAGCCAGAAUCAACGUAGCCUGUCAGAGACUAAAGAUCCACGAACUUUAGAGUUCUUAAUGAGCUUCAUACGCCAGGAAGUAAAAGGUGAAGAAAUGAUCGACCUUGCUAGAGCUGGAUUCGGAUCCCAGCCAGGCUGUCGUCGAAGAGAUAAUGACAGAAUUCAUAAUGAACAGUUACAACCGAUUGAAUCAACAAUUGCUUCAGCGUUGGAGCAAGGAGAUUGGUCAGUUUUUGUUACGAAUAGAGUGAAAGAAAUCAAACAGUUGUCUGGAUCUCAGUUAUGGCGCCAUGUGCCAGGAAAUAUGAACCCGGCUGAUUUAUUAUCAAGAGGUUGCUCUAUAAAAUAUAUGCUGAAGUCUGAAUGGUGGAAUGGCCCCAAUUGGUUCUUAAUGCCUCCGGAAUGCUGGCCAUUAGAUAAUAUUUGCUAUGACAUUAACGAAAUAGAGACAGAAAGAAGAAAAACCAAAUUAAGUAAUGUAAAUUUGUCGGAAGAGACAACCCCCUGGUAUGCCUCUAGGUUUUCUGAUUAUGAUAAAAUUCUGAAUGUGGUUGCAUGGACUUUAAGUUUCAUAAAUAACUAUGAUGUUGGUAUUUUAAGAGUUAAGACACGUAUAACUGAACGUAAAGAUGUACCAGACUUUUUGAGUCCAAUUCUUUUGCCAAGUGAUUAUAUAUUUACUAAGUGUUUGAUUGAAUCUGUUCACAGAAAACAUUGUCAUGCUGGUAUUCAGAUUAUGCUGUCUAUUUUAAGAGAAAAAUUUUGGAUUGUAGAAUCACGUAAAACUAUUAGAAAUGUACUUAAUGGUUGUUUGAAAUGUAAACGUUAUAAAGCAAAACCAUUGACUACUGAGUCUUGUCCGCUGCCUGAAGAUCGAGUUUCCGACACAGUGGCCUUUGAAAUGACGGGAGUCGACUUAGAGGGACCACUUUUCUUGAAGAACAGUUCGAAGGUUUGGAUUGCAUUGUUCACUUGUGCUGUAUAUCGAGCUGUUCAUCUAGAACUUGUGACUUCUCUAAGUACCGAUUCUUUUUUAACGGCAUUCCGUCGAUUUAUAGCUAGAAGGGGUAGACCAAGAACCGUCUACUCAGAUAACGGCACUGAUUUCAGAGGUGCAAAUAAUGAAUUAUCUGAACUGGAUUGGGAAAAAAUCACUAGGAAAGCAAACAUUCGUAGAAUUUUGUGGAAAUUUAAUCCUCCCACAGUUUCCUGGUGGGGAGGCUUUUGGGAACGGUUGAUUCGGGUUCUCAAAGAACUGUUAAGACGUUCUCUCGGAAAAUCGAUCUUGUCUUUUGAAGAGCUCGAGACUGUGUUAUGUGACUGCGAGUCUGUUAUAAAUUCGCGUCCCCUAACUUAUAUCUCUGAAAAUUCAGAUGAUCUUAUUCCUUUAACUCCUUCUAUGUUUUUAAUUGAGAAUCGAAAUUUUAGUACUAAUGACAUAGACAUGGUAGAGACCGAACGUUUAAGAAAAAGGAUAAGAUAUAGAACUAAGUUGCUGAAAGAUUUAAGACUUCGUUUCCGAAAAGAAUAUUUGAGUUUAUUAAUUCAAAAACAAAAUAAGAAAAAAAACAUUCAUGAACCCAAGAUUGGUGAAGUUGUAUUAAUAGGAGACGACAGUAAAAAACGAUUGAAUUGGCCUUUGGCGAUAGUGGCAGAUGUGUUGCCAGGUCGCGACGGAAAAAUUCGUACCGUUAAAGUAAAAACACAGUCUGGAGUUUCUCUGAGGCCUGUGCAGCGAAUUUUUCCUCUAGAAUUAAACAUUAAUGAAAUAGAUUCUCUCACUAAGAGUGAUAAUGAAAGUAUUAAAAAUGAAACUAUAUGUAAGGGCGAUUUUCCUCGCACUUCCUCCACCCCUGAAGCUACCGAAUUUAAAUUUACACGAUCUGGCAGAUGUGUGAAAGCCCCUAAAAAACUCGAUCUCUUCAAUAAUGUUUGCUAUGUACUUGAGACUCUUUCUGAGUCUCAAGGGGGGGGGGAUGUUGUAAAGCGAAGCGAAAUGUAA